UGUAUGGCUGCCGACUGUGUCCGGCAGAGCGCCACUUUUCUCCGUAUUUCAGAGUCUUUGGUCGAGUGCUGACUACCGUUCCCGGUCUAGCGGACUGUUUGGGCUUCCGUGCUUGGUAGGUAUGAGGUAAUUGCGGGAGUUGCAGCGGUAUGUAUCCGUAUCUCAGUCGCCGAAACGCGGUUGGUGCUGUUACCCCGGACCGAGUACUUUUCAAGCGAAAGAACUUUGGACGGAGAAAGUAGAAGACAAGAGCCGCCGGCCUCCUCCUAAAGCUUACGUACAAAUUUCUCUCUGUCUCUCCUCCUCCUCAUCUCUUCCUGAAUCUGGUCCCAAGAUACCCACCACCUACUAACCCCACCACCUCCACCACCACCACCCACCCCCGCCUCACCCACAUUCCCAUAAUCAUCCGCAAUUUCCCGCGUCAUGUCGUUUGCACGAUCCAUCUCCGUCUCCACCAAGAGGCUCUCCGCCGCUCCGUUCAUCCGGGCAAGAGCUAUUGGUCUGCGCACAUACGCUACCACGGAUUCUCCGGUUGCGCACUUCAAAGGAACGAAGAACGCCAGAGGAAACUACACCGUGACUUUCAUCGAGGGUGACGGAAUUGGACCCGAGAUCUCUCGCAGCGUCAAGCAGAUUUUCGCGGCGGCCAAGACUCCGAUCGAGUGGGAAUCCGUCGAUGUCACGCCUAUCAUCAAGGACGGCAAGACUGCUAUUCCAGACGACGCUAUUGCGUCCGUCAAGAAGAACUACGUUGCCCUGAAGGGCCCCCUCGCGACACCCAUCGGAAAGGGACAUGUUUCGCUCAAUCUUACGCUGCGCAGAACGUUCAACCUUUUCGCCAAUGUGCGUCCCUGCCGCUCGGUCCCCGGAUACAAGACUCCCUACGACAACGUAGACACAGUCUUGAUCCGUGAGAACACCGAGGGAGAGUACUCGGGCAUCGAGCACGAGGUCGUCGACGGAGUUGUUCAGAGUAUUAAACUGAUCACGCGCGCCGCUUCCGAACGUGUUCUGCGCUACGGUUUCCAGUACGCCGAGUCCAUCGGAAAGAGGCACAUCCGUGUUGUCCACAAGGCUACCAUCAUGAAGAUGUCCGAUGGUCUCUUCGUCUCCACUGCCAGAGAGGUCGCUAAGGACUACCCCAACAUCAAGUUUGACACUGAGUUGCUGGACAACACCUGCUUGGGGAUGGUCACCGAUCCCAAGCUCUACGACUCGAUGGUCUUGGUCAUGCCUAACCUGUACGGAGACAUUGUCUCUGACAUGUGCGCCGGUCUGAUUGGAGGUCUCGGAUUGACUCCUUCGGCCAACAUUGGAGACGAGUGCUCGAUCUUCGAGGCUGUUCACGGUUCCGCACCCGACAUCGCUGGACAGGACAAGGCCAACCCCACUGCGCUCCUGCUCUCGUCCAUGAUGAUGUUGCACCACAUGGGACUCGGUCAAUAUGCGGAGAGGAUCAGCAAGGCGAUCAUGGCCACCCUUGCCGAGGGCAAGACGCUGACCGGAGAUUUGGGUGGAAAGUCGACCAACAGCCAAUACGCCCAGGCUAUCAUUUCUAAAUUGUAGAUGAGGAUGAGAAUGCAAGUGGAUGAACGGACGACUUGGGAGGGGAGCGGUCUCAUGAUUGCACGACAUGAUGGCUAGGCUAGGGGUUGGGGUGUAGAGUACACUACGCACACGUACGAUGAAUCUGUUUCCUUCCUUCUUUCGCAGCGGUCGAUCUGGUGGUUGGCAGUGGUGGUGGUGGCUGCGGCGGUGAGGAUGUAGAGUAGACUACUAGCGUGUUAGUCUUCUUUAUCGAUUCCACUUGUGCUGUGGGACUGUAUGAAUAUAUAGUCUUCCUUUCGGAUCUAGGUAUGCGUGUUGAGCAAUGGGUGCAUGCGAUCACUAUACGUCACUCGGGAUUCGGCAUUCCAAGCCUUCCGGAGAAGGGGGCGGAGC